UGCGAUUGGCCGAGAAUUGAAGAGAAAGAUAUCUGGGAUAUUUGCAUUGUAUAAAAGCGAUACAGCAUGGAUAUCUAAUAUUUAACUUUGUUGUUCUUGUGGAUAAUCCGAACAUGAAAUGCAACCCUCGUUCUAUCGUGUCUGCCGUGUGAGAUCAACUGAGAUAUCUUCAUCGCCUUGGUGCUGGUCAUAGCACCCCUAUAGUUCACCAUGUUCAUCCUGACUACCAUCUCCGAUCUGAUCCAGAUCUCGCCAGAAGACUUUUCCAAGUAUAGUGCGGUUGCUAUUGAAGACAAUAUCAACGAGAAAUAUGCCAACAAGGUGAUUCAAAAAAUUGGCCUAUGUAUCGGCUUCUACGACUUAUUAGAGUCCUCGGACGGUCUUAUUGGUCACGGGACGGGUCUGGUCAACGUUAAUGUCAAAUUUCGUUUGAUUGUGUUCCGGCCGUUUAAGGGAGAAAUCAUACUUGGAAAGAUCUCUGGUGCCACAGAGCAUGGGAUCAAGAUUGGUGUCGAAUUUUUCAAUGACAUCUUCGUGCCUCCAGACCUUUUGUUAGAUGGCGCUAGAUUCGACUAUGCAGAUCAAGUCUGGAUCUGGGAUAGCGAGGAUGGCUCCUCUUUCUAUUUCGAUGUAGGAGAAGUUGUCCGGUUGCGCGUGGAAAUGGAAGAAUGGCACGACCAGAUUCCCAAUGCGCCAGACCUUGGGGAUGCUGCGGCAACUGAGAGGAAGCCUCCGUAUUCGAUCAUUGGCUCGAUGCAGAUGGCUGGUCUGGGUCCGAUUUCCUGGUGGUAGUUGACGUUUGUUUAUUCUUAAAUCGCAUUAACGACUUGGAUGGUAUUCAUGAAC